AUACAUAUGGAAAUCGCAGAUACACAUUGAUAGUUGUUUGUUUCGACGCACUUGAACUCGGGGAAUGCAAUUAUGGAUUGGGUAGAUCAACGUUGCCGUUGGCACUCCUGUGGUGCACGUUUGUGAAAUUUUUGCCGCGGAGGCAGAACAAACAUAAUUCUUGUUAGUGGCGUGUGAGUGGUGUGUAUAGGAAUUGGCUGUCUGUAAAAGAGUACUUGCGGGAAAAACAAACAAACUUAAUAGGAAUCGAUCGGGACAGGAAGACAUGUUUUUGAUGGGAGUUACGUACAUCAACGCCAUCGUAUUUUGAAAUUAUGAAGAAUUCCGAAAGAUUGCAACACGAAAUCGAUUUGACCCUUGCAGUGGAGGGCUUUCUUCACGACCUUUCAGGCGUAGAACUUCCUGUUGAAAAAAAAAUCAAACGACAAAAACUAGAAUCGAAAGUUAAAUUACUUCGUGCAAGGUAUCAUCUGCACAUGAAUAGAUUGCCGUUGUCAUCGUUGAGACUGGGUUUUGAUUCAUUUCCGAAAGAUCUCGAAGCAAAGCGACCUCGCUCGUUGACAUCACCCGAUUUGCUGACUUCUUGUCUCCCGGAUGUACCAGAAGAAGACGAAUUGGGUUCGCCGAAAUCCACGAUGAAGAGUGGGAAAUUUGAUUUAAACUCCCCAAACAAUCAUCGACCACGUUCAUCUACGUUUCCUUUGACUUUGUAACAUUUACCUGAUGGUCUUUGUGUGGUGCUUUUUUAAUCUGCCACCUGGGAAAGAAAGGCACCAUAAAUUGCAAUCUAUUUUAUAGGUUUUGUUUGUUUCUCCAUAGAGAGACCUGUUUUGACUUCGUGUGAAUACAAAAUUUGUAUAAAAUGUCGAUUAAAUUAAAUUCGCUA